AUGAUGUCCAAAAAGCAAUUGGCCUGCAUGUUGGCGCUGCAUAUAGUGUAUUUGCUGGUCGGUGCCAGUAUAUUUUACCACAUAGAGAGUCCCUUGGAACUAGCACAGAGAGCGGAGGAGAAGUUAGAACGAUUAGAGAUUCAAAAUCUUCUCUACGAAAACUAUAUACCAAAUGAUCCCAGCAAACAGGAUAGUAUACUCCGUAAGUUGUCGGACUACUGCGGCAAGUCGAUGUUCAACUACACCACUGAAGAUGCAGAACCACCUUUCAAAUGGGAUUUCUAUCAUUCCUUCUUCUUCUCUUACACCGUUGUCAGUACUAUAGGUUACGGAAAUUUAGCACCAACAACUCACCUUUCAAGAAUUCUUAUGAUAUUUUACGGUUUGUUUGGAAUCCCGAUCAAUGGUAUCUUGCUUGCAAAUUUGGGUGAAUAUUUUGGACUUCAGUUAAUUUCGGUCUAUCGUAAAUAUAAGCGAAGAAAUGAAAAACGUGCUGAUAAAUUUGACUACAUUUUCCAUAAUUUGGGCAUGCUGGGGCAAAUCUUUCUCUAUUUAGUUCCUGGUUUCUUAUUCUUCAUAUUCCUGCCCGCCUGUAUUUUUGUCGUGUUUGAAGGCUGGGAUUACGUCGCUGGCAUAUAUUAUGCCUUUGUUACUCUAACCACAAUAGGUUUUGGGGAUUUAGUUGCAGGAACUGUCAAUAAUGGAUUCAAAUCAGGAUACUUCUUCGCAUAUCAAAUAUUUUUGAUUAUUUGGAUAACCUUUGGGUUAGGGUACAUAGUUAUGCUUCUGGGUUUUAUCACAAGUGGCAUGAGAUCCGAACGAAUUCAUCGAUUAGAACAGAAAUUCGCAUAUCAAGUGAAAUCCACUCAAAGCAAAAUUUUGCAAGGUUUUACUAGAGACAUAGCGGUAAUUAGGAAAAUAAUAAAUGAAGCCAAUCUACUUAAAUUUAAGCCCGUAUACGUAGAGGCCGCACCUCAUAUGUACAGAAGCAAGAGUUGCCCCAUUUUAACGUUCGACAUAGAACCUAGGGAUCCCAUCGUUAAACGAAAGCGAGCAAAUUCCGAAAAUAUACAGCUAACCGCAAAAGAUAUGCUUCGAAUUCAAUCAGACACUGAUUUGCUUGGUAUCGACAAAGAGAAAACUUUUACUGCUUCUGCUAUUGUCAAACCUGUAGAGUUACUGGCCAGGGUGGUUAAUGUUCUCGGAGGAUUUGAACAACAGCAUCAAGAUAAAGGAAUCAAUAUAUUUGAUGACGAACAUAUUCUAGCUAGUGAGCGACCUCCAUUCUUUACCAUUGGACAAGAUUAUAUACCAUCCAAGUCUAUGAGAGCACGCGCAUUGAGUGUUGCUGUACCAAAUUAUCGUAAGGAGUCAGUAUCAAAGAUGGAUCAUGACUUUACUUGGACAAAUGGUGAUACUGCAGAAAAAUAUAGAAAAGAAGCCAACAUCCGUAGUGGAAAGUUAUCAUUACCAACAAAUGUUCAACCCACUGAUGGAAGAUCGAAUUCGAGAAGCUUAUUUGCUAGACUUUUUAGAAAACCAAGCUCCAGUGAAAGUCCUGCUGAAUAUAUCAAAGAUACUAUAAAGGGAAGAUUAAGUAAUGUUAAAGCUGAACCCGAAAUUGCUAGAGAAAAAGAAAGGCGAGGAAGUGUAUUUCCUAAAGACGAUUAUAAGAGUGACUCCGAUGGAUAUAAAGAAAAUCUUCGUGGUCAUAGCAUUUUCCCAAUUUACGACUUCUCUGAAGAUGAAAAUAGGGCUGCAGCUGCAGCUUAUCAACAAAAACCAAAACGGCAUAGCAUUUUCCCUACUUUUGAUUUCAGUGAAGAUGAAAAUGCUUCUGCUGCUAAAGCAUACAAAGAAAGAACUAGGUCGGGUAGGCAUAGUAUAUUUCCUACUUUUGACUUCAGCGAUCCAGAAGAUGAUGCUAAUCGAUAUAAGGAGAAAACCAGGAGAGGACGUCAUAGCAUUUUCCCUACAUUUGAUUUCAAUGAUCAUACUAGCAACGAUGACGAUACAGUAGACGAAGAUGAAGCUAGUAAUUAUAAAAACCGAACUCGAAAAGGUCGUCUCAGUUUAUUCCCUACUUUUGGUAAAUCUCGUCAAAGUGAUGAUGAUACUAUGCCUGAAAGUUCAGAUGAACUUGUUAAUUAUAAAGAAAAAACUCGUCAUGGUCGAAGCAGUUUGUUUCCUUCAUUCGGCAAAAGCAGGAAAAUUAGUACACCAGAACAAAGCACGAGUGCCCUCGAGGCUAGUAUCAAACAAUAUCAGAAUCAAACUAAAAAGGGACGCAGCAGCUGUUUUGCUGGAGAUAUUCAAAACUACAGACGAUCUACUGAAGGAAGUAAUAGUGGCCUGUUUUCAAGCGAACUAGAUAAUUAUCGAAAUAGAACCAAACGUGGUCGACCCAGUUUAUUCGAUCCAGAUGUAAAUUUAACAAACCUUCCAGAGUCACAACAAGUAGAGGUCCUCGAAAAUACAAGUGUCGCAGACUUACUGCGUGCAUUAGCAGUCUUAGACACUGUGAAUAAGGCCGGUACAUCUAACGCAGGCCCAGACGAAUUGCACAAUAAUACAAGACGUAUGUCUACAAAUCCCGAUUUUAAUUCGUCUUCCAUACCGACGAAGGAACCUGAAGAAACAUCUGGUCCAAGAAGAAGAAGAAUAUCUGUUCGUACCGCUGCUCCACAAUUUACCCCUACGUUAGCUACUGUUGUAGCAGGAGCAGAGUUACAAAUAACAGCAGCAGCACAGAGGGAGAAUCGUAUGACUAUGUUGACACAGCCUCCACCGCCUUAUACCGAAAGUGCUGAAGUUCAAAUGCCACGAACAAGAAGAUUUUCACCAGCACCCGUAGAUAAUAGCAGGUCUGGUUUAGCGCCAGUGCCGAGACUAUUCUCUCGUAUACGCAAAGAAAGUAAUGCUCCCAGCGAAGAUAACUCUCGGCGUAAUAGUCUUACUGACAUAGUCAUAGAUAGUCCAAAGGAAAAACCUUGA